UCGCUCCAAGCGCUCACCGCACCGGCCCCGGCCGCGAGCGCCCAGCAGGGGGAACCCCUCGGCGUCGCGGGCGCGCGGAACCACCCUGCUUAAAGCCCGCGUGGAGGCGAGCAGCGGCCGGGGCGCGCGCGCGCACACCUCCGGGUGAAAAGAUCAAAUGACAACUAUCAAGCUCAGAGAAUAAAAUACCAAAAUUAUUGUUUCAUAUAGAAGACCAUGAUAACUGUGAUCAAGAUAUUAUUGCAUCACUUUUUUUUCUGACUCAAUUUUUCUGCGGUCAAAUUGCUUUUUUAUUGUGCUGCAGCUUGAAUUAAAUGUUCACACAGAGUGAGGAUCAGAAUAAAUUGUGAAGCAGUGCAGCAUUCCUUGUGAAGAAAACUUCUGAACAGUGGCAAACCAGGCAUUUUCCCCAGAGGCUGCUUUCCCUCAUGGGAGGCGGAGGGAGAGAUGGGACCCCAGGCUUCUUUCAAGGGCAAGCAGGAUACAAUGGGAAAGCACAAAAGAGAGUCCCUACAAACCUAUAGCUGGUGGAGAGGACCACAGAAAAAACGAAAGAAAAAGAACAAAAUAAAAGCAGGAAGAACAGACUAUGUUAGUGUUGUUAAUCUUCCAAUCAGACCAGAUUUCUCAAUAGUUGUAGGAGAGCUAACUCCUGAAGUGGAUGAUUUUCAGCUCUAUGAUUAUUUUGUGAAAAGGUAUCCUACAUGCAUUGACUGCAAAAUAGCCACAGACCUAUUGGGAUACUCCAGGGGGUAUGGCUUUGUCAGAUUUGGUGAACAAGGUGAUCAGAUGAGAGCACUGCAAGACUGCCAAAAUGCACCAGGUCUAGGUGGAAAACGAAUCCGACUGAGUAUAGGAAUUUCUAAAAGAAUGAAAGCAGAAUUCCAGCGGUAUCAGUCCUAUAACUAUAAUGAUUAUUAUCAAGAUUAUCAGAACUACUACUCACAGUGGGGUUACGAUCCUUAUGCUGAUUACAACUAUAGCUAUCCUUCCUAUGACAACAUGCAAGCUGUUGGAGAUUCUGCUAUAGGAGACUCAAUUCUGACUCCAGCUGUAUUUGAGGAGACCCCAACUGUGGCUGAAAGCAAUGAUGAACUAAUAACUGAAGAUCCACAGCUCCAUCUGGAUGUUGAUGAAAUGAACAGACAAUUUAUGGAAAGAAGUGAAGAACUCUAUGACUCACUCAUGAAUUGUCAUUGGCAGCCUCUGGAUACGGUCACCUCUGAAAUCCCUAAUGCUUUCUAAAAGUGUCUUACAUGAAUAUAUAGCAUGACCGUUAUGACCAAGGUGCUAACAUUACAUUUCUUCUACAUUACUCUAGACCAUAAGUUUUAAAGCACAAGGAUGGGUUGUUUUGCUAAGCUUUUGACAGCCUUUGUAAUUUUUGUUCAUCACUCUACUCAUGAAGCAUCUUGAAAUCAUGUAAAUAUUCUAGAAAUGUAAAGAGUUGAAUAGAAUCUCAAGAUAGACUUGCUUGUGUAAAUAAAAUCUCGUUUCUGCAAA